UCCAGGUUCCUAUCUGAAUUCCUGCUGCUCUCUUUCUCUCUCUCUCUCUGAGAUCAGUGAAAAAAUAUCUCCAACCGUCCGGACUCUCUCUCUCUCCCUUCACCUUUACACAUUAUGUCUGCACUGACGCCUCUCAUUUCGCUAUUCUCCAAAUCGGCUUUGGUUUAAAUCCCGCAAAUAUGGAUUGACUUUGAUUUUACUCGUCGGUCGCCUGUUGAAGUUUUGAAGCGGCGGAUCGUGUCUCUGCUCAACGAGCUUCAUGUUUCCUUUGGCAACUUUCGGAAGUAACUCGUUCCGGAUGCGUUGUUCACACUAUUGAACUGAUCCGUGCGCGCGAUCAGGGGGAUUUUAAAUCGGGAUCGUGUCCGAGGCUUUCCACACUUCUUUUAUUCGUGUUUAAAGUGAUGGCGGAGCGGGGAGCCCGGCUGCUCCUCUCUCUUUUCUGCCUCACGAUCACACUUUCACAUGCUGAAAAAGGAUCAGCAUUGAGGAACUUCAGCCCAUUCCAGUUCUCCACGGAGCCGUCAGAUACGCUGGUUGUGCGGGGAGCGCUGGCGCUGCUCAACUGCUCAGUCCACGGCGAGUCUCCUGCCAAGAUCGAAUGGAAGAAAGACGGCUCUUUCCUCAGCCUGGCCUCAGAUGAUCGCAGGCAGGUCCUGGCGGACGGUUCUCUGCUCAUCAGCUCAGUGGUGCACUCUAAGCACAAUAAACCCGAUGAAGGGGUUUACCAGUGCGUGGCCACUAUAGACAACCUGGGCACCAUCGUUAGCCGUACAGCUAGACUCAAUGUUGCAGGAAUACCGCGGUUCCUCAGUCAGCCGGAAGCGGCGUCGGUGCGGGUCGGGGACAGUCACGUGAUGAACUGCGAGGUCAACCCUGACCUGGUGCCCUUCGUCCGCUGGGAAGGAAACAAGGAGCCGCUGGAGCUGGAUCAGAGAGUGUUUGCGCUGGCCAGUGGAGCUCUGGUCAUCAGUAACUCCAGCGAGGCCGACACGGGCCUGUACCGAUGCGUGAUCGAGAACGCCGGACCCAUCAAGACCAGCGAAGAGGCGCACUUACACGUUCUGCCGGAAUCCGGAGAGGAGAGGACCCUGGAGUUUCUCCUGGAGCCUCAACCAGUGUCUAGAGUCGUGGGGGAGAGCGUGCUGCUCCCCUGUGUGGUGACGGGAUAUCCCACAGCCUCCGUCACAUGGAUGCACAGAGACCAGCUCAUUGAGGACAGCACGGGCCGCUUCGAGGUGCUCGGCGGAGGCAGUCUGCAGAUCUUCAAUCUCACCGAGGAAGACGCCGGUGUGUACAACUGUCUGGCAGACAACGUCAACGGAUCCAUCGAGGCCCAGGCUGAGCUCACGCUGAGAGCUUCCCCACAGUUCCUGAAGAAACCUGCUAACGUAUAUGCUCAUGAAGCCACAGAUGUAAUCUUCGAGUGUGAGGUCACCGGCUCACCGGCUCCCACCAUCAAAUGGGUGAAGAACGGAGAUGCCGUCAUUCCCAGCGACUAUUUCAAGAUCAUUAAGGAGCAGAACUUGCAGGUGCUGGGACUGGUCAAGUCAGAUGAAGGUUUCUAUCAGUGUUUAGCUGAGAAUGACGCUGGUAAUGUGCAGUCGAGUGCUCAGCUCAUCAUACUGGAUCAAGAUGUAGCCCUGCCCUCCCCCCCUCCCACCUCACUGACCCGUGCCACUACUGACCAUCUAAUGCCAGGGUCCCGAGUCGGCGCUGGACCCAAACCCUCCGGCCCGCGGGACGUCGUGGCCUCACUGGUGUCCACUCGCUUCAUCAAACUGACCUGGCGUGUUCCCGCCGAACCACACGGAGAAGACGUCACCUACUCCGUCUACUACAUCCUGGAGGGCACUAACAGGCACAGGAUAGUGAACACCAGUCGUCCAGGAGAGAUGCAGGUCACCAUCCAGAACCUCAUGCCAGACUCCACGUAUGCCUUUCGUGUGGUGGCGCACAACAGAAACGGCCCUGGAGAGAGUUCAGCGCCUCUGAGAGUAGCCACCCAGCCUGAAGUCCAGGUUCCUGGUCCUGCUCCUAACCUUCAUGCAGUGGUCACGUCCCCCUCCACAGUGAGUCUCAGCUGGGACGUGCCCCUCAUAGGCAAUGGAGAGAUCCUAAACUACAAGAUCUAUCACAUGGAGAAGGGCAUGGACACUGAGCAGGAUCUGGAUGUGAACACACUGUCCUACACCAUGACUGGCCUGAAGAAGUUCACGGAGUACAGUUUCAGAGUGGUGGCCUACAACAAACAUGGACCUGGGGUCUCCACUGAGGACCUUUCUGUGCGCACAUACUCGGAUGUCCCCAGCGCUCCGCCACAGAACAUGACGGUUGAAGUGCUGAACUCGAAGAGCAUCAUGAUCAGAUGGCAACCUCCACCGGCAGAUGCUCAGAACGGUGAGAUCAUCGGCUACAAGAUCCGCUACAGGAAGGGGACGAGGAAGAGCGAGGUGGCGGAGAUCACUUCAGGAUCGCAGCUCUAUCAGCUCAUAGAUGGCCUGCAGCGAGGCACUGAAUACAUGUUGCGAGUGGCGGCCAUUUCGGUGAACGGCACGGGUCCCGCCACAGAUUGGACCACGGCUGAGACGUUCGAGAGCGAUCUGGACGAGACAAGCGUGCCGGACGUCCCCAGCUCCUUACAUGUACGGCCUCUGGUGAACAGCAUCGUAGUGAGUUGGACGCCCCCGGAGAACCAGGACAUCGUGGUGAGGGGUUACUCUAUCGGCUAUGGGAUCGGCAGCCCUCACGCACAGACCAUUAAAGUGGACUACAAACAGAGAUACUACACCAUUGAGAACUUGAAUCCCAGCUCACACUACGUCAUCACACUGAAGGCCUACAACAACGUGGGGGAGGGAAUCCCUGUGUACGAGAGCGCCAUCACACGACCCCAGUCAGACCCCAUAGACCCUGAUGUUGAUUUGUACGAACUUUUCCAUGCUCCAUACACUCCAGUACCAGAACCUUUACCCAUGCUGCCUCCCGUGGGCGUUCAGGCGUCCGUUCUGAGCCACGACAACAUCAAAGUCACAUGGGCGGACAACUCGCUGCCCAAGAACCAGAAGAUCACAGAUGCACGCUAUUACACGGUGCGCUGGAAGACCAACAUACCUGCAAACACAAAGUUUAAGGUGGCUAAUACCACCACACUUACUCACACGGUGGUGGGUCUUAAGCCCAACACUUUGUAUGAGUUCUCGGUCAUGGUGACGAAGGCCCGGAGGACCAGCACCUGGAGCAUGACUGCACACGGGACAACUUUUGAAACAAUCCCAAGUUCUGCACCUAAAGAUGUGACUGUAGUGAGCAAAGAGGGACGACCACGAACCAUCAUCGUCAACUGGCAGCCGCCUUCAGAAGCCAAUGGCAAGAUCACAGGUUACAUCAUUUAUUACAGCACUGAUGUGAAUGCAGAGGUUCAUGAUUGGGUCAUUGAACCAGUAGUGGGAAACAGGCUAACCCAUCAAAUUCAGGAGCUGACCCUUGAUACCACCUACUACUUCAAGAUCCAGGCGCGCAACUCCAAGGGGAUGGGUCCCAUGUCUGAAGCUGUCCAGUUUCGCACUCCUAAAGCCGAACCCUCUGACAAAAUGGCUAAUGACCAAGCUUCAGGACCAGUGAAACUAGGAAGACCCUCAUCACCAGAUCAAGGCUUUGGAUCAGGUGGGAAACCAGACAUGUCUGGCACUGGUGAUAACCACAUCCUGGUUAUUGUCAUCAUUGUGUCCGUGGGAGCAUUUACCAUCAUUGUGGUGGUGGUUGGCGCCUUCCUGUGUACACGCCGUACCACAACACAGCAGAAGAAGAAACGUGCAGCCUGCAAGUCCGCCAAUGGAUCCCACAAGUAUAAGGGAAACUCCAAAGAUCUGAAGCCACCAGACCUCUGGAUCCACCACGAACGUUUGGAGCUAAAGCCUAUUGACAAAUCGCCCGAAACCAAUCCAGUAAUGACCGACACGCCAAUCCCCCGAUCCUCCCAAGACAUCACCCCGGUUGACGGCUCCAUGGAUCCUAUGCUCCAGAGACGCAACUCGUACCGUGGCCAUGAAUCAGAGGACAGCAUGUCUACACUGGCAAGCCGUCGGGGAAUGAGACCUAAAAUGAUGAUGCCCUUUGAUGCACAACCCCCUCAGCCUGUGAUUAGUGCUCACCCCAUCCAUUCCCUCGAUAACCAUCACCAUCAUUAUCACUUGGGCAGCCUGGCCUCGCCGACACGCAGCUAUCUCCACCACCAGAGCAGCACACGGUCCAUCGCCACCCCCAUCUCUCAUCUAGACAGGGCAGAGUCCACAGAGUCUGUAAGGAACACCCCUAGUGCCGACCUGCUCCCUCCGUCUGGGCAGCCCUCCUGUACCACUGACCUUUCAGAGACAGACAUUAGCUACCACAGCUCAGUCACUGAGGAGGAGCCAGCUUUCGCUACGCCCACAGCACACGUUCGUCCCACACACCCACUCAAGAGUUUUGCAGUGCCGGCCGUCCCAGCUCACCCCAUGUAUGACUCGGCAGCAUUGCCUAGCACUCCAUUGCUGUCUCAGACAGGGCCUCACUCAGUUAAAACAGCCUCUAUCGGUACAUUGGGAAGGACGAGGACUCCUAUGCCUGUCAUAGUUCCAAGUGCACCGGAUGGUUCGGAAGGCAUCAGACUUCAUGAAGAUGCAGGGAGUUACCACUGACCUUCCCCUAUAAAACCCAAUUCCCUCAAACCCCAGCUCACCCCAACCCCACCCCCCCGCAGUAACCUUCUUCAUCUCCUUCAGAAUUACGAGACGGACGAGUUGACGGAGGAAAUGGCCCAUCUGGAGGGCUUAAUGAAGGACCUAAACGCCAUCACGACAGCCUGAGCACAAUCCUCACAAUAACACUAGAGCUUCCCCGCCACGGGGAGGCGCUCAGCACGGACGAGUUCUCAAUCAUUCGCUAAACGGAGAGAGAAAGGAGAGUGAGAUAGGAAGAAACAAUAACGUUUGGGAUACCUUGCUUGCUCUCAGGAAGGAGAAACCCAUCAAACGAGGACAUUCUGAGAAAGGACAUGCGGUUACUUCAACGAGAUGAUUGCGAUUUUUCUCUCGGCAUCCUACGUAAAUGUUUCCUUUUAUUUUAGUGGAGACCGUUUAAAAAGACACCAUUUUAUUAUCCUACGAAAAAAGGAAAGCUACAAUAUGCUGGUGUACGUGUUGGUGCUUGUAAGGCACACUUUACAGUGUUUCAUUUGUGUCUUUUUUUGUAUGUUUUUGUAUCUAUAUAUAUAUAUUGCCCCCCGUUCCAGCGAGGUGAACGUUGGACAACGUCCUUUUGAUUUCUGCAAGGCAUUUUGUAUUAAGCAUUUUGAUUGAUGUCUCUCUCUCUUUUGUAUGUCAUAUAAUGUGCCAUGUCUUAUUAUUUUCUUAAACAUGUUUUGUAUUGUUUUAUAUGCAUAUACACUUAUCAGUUUGUAUAUAUGUUUAAUACGGACUCACGUUGUCACCACA